UCCUAUCUGCUUGUUCUGAGAACAUCACCAACAGCUUAGCGUGUGUGUAUGUACGAGAGAGGGAGGGAGAGAGAGCGAGAGAAAGAGAGGGACUGCAAGCGAGGGGCAGGCUCAGCUUUCUUUCACCUGCCCCCCAUGAAACCACAAGAAGGAGGGGCUAAACCUGCAGCUGCCAAUCAUCUUCAUUCAUGGCAGCCGGCAUUAUCUCUCUGUGCAAACUAUUGACAGAUUACAUGUCAAAGAGUUUAGUACAUUAGUGAAGGAAGUUUUUGUUUUGCUUUUGUUAUUUUAUUUUGUUGUUUUGCCUUUUUGUUUUUACCUGCUUCUCCUCCUUUUUGCUCACUUCAUCCUAACCAACAGAGUUGAGUAAUAUUAUGAAAGUUACAUGUCUGAGUGGAUAUAACUUCGAAUUCCCUGAAUAUGCUGAAAGAACUUUAUGCACUGAAAAGACCUCAGGAAAAUCCAAGAUGGCCGCCAAAAGGAAAGGUGGCCUAAAACUGAACGCUAUUUGUGCCAAACUGAGCCGGCAGGUGGUGUAUGACUGCAGCUCCCAGCAGGCCGAGGGGGAGCUGAACCUACAGGACAACAGCGAGAGGGAGAGCUUGCACCGCGAGGAGCCCGAGAGGGCCGACGCGGACUUCCCAGAAGGCUCGAGUGCAGGCCAGAGCUUUGAGGAUGACCAGAGGAGGCGAGAGGCCAUCGAGAAGUGGGUGAACGGGGAUUAUUCGGAGGAGCCUCUCCUGGACCACGGGGAGGUGGCGGCGGCGGCGGCGGCGGCGGCGCGCAAGCCCGAUGCUGCUGAGGACGGCCCCCCCGAGGGGGUGUACAUGGUCCAACCCAAGGGCUGCAGCGAGGAGGAGGACAACGCGGAGGAGCCCGACGCCCUGCCGGCAGCGCGGGACGGCGGUUACCACGACGACAGGGACCCGGAGGACGCCGCGCGGAAGGAGGAACGAUACGGCUCUUCUGGUGAGGCCGCCAUCAGGCAGGCCCCCUUCUCCACCCCGGGGGAAGCCACUGCACUCCGUGACUAUGCAGCCAACACCAUGAACGAGUUCCUUGGCAUGUUUGGUUACGACGACCAGCAGGUGAGGGAUGAACUGGCCAAGAAGAUAAGCUUCGACAAGCCGAAAGCUGCUACCUCAGACUCCUCCUCCCUCUCCAGCGAGGAGGUGACCCGACGGGCGCGGUUCUCCAAGUACGAGGAAUACAUCCGCAAGCUGAAGGCCGGGGAGAACCUGCCCUGGCCUGUGCAGGCCCCAAAGCCUGAGGACUUGAAUUCCAAGCUGGCCCAGGAGAAGGGGGCCCUGCUGCAGGCCACGGGCCGGCUCCAGAGCCCGGAUGGACAGAUCUUCCCGGGGUCGGCGGACCCAAAGCAAGGGGCGUUGGCUGUGGCCCCGGCCACCUCCUCCCAGAUCCAGACCCUGGCUUCCCGGGCCUCCAAAUACGACUUCUUCAUCCAGAAGCUGAAAACGGGGGAGAGCCUGAGGCAGCAGAACGGCAACAGCUACAAGCGGCCUUCCAAGUACGACCUGGAGAACGUCAAGUUCCUGCACUUGUUCAAGCCCGGGGAGGGCAGCCCAGACAUGGGGGGCGCCAUCGCCUUCAAGACCGGCAAAGUGGGGAGGCCCUCCAAGUACGACAUCCGCAACAUCCAGAAGCUCAUGCCGGUGAAGACGGAGCCUGCUCUCCUCCCCACCACGCUCCCAGCUGCGCCAGGGACCCCCGGAACGCCCGGGGCCCCCCCGGCCUCCACUGCUGCUGCUGCUGGGGCCACAGGGGUCCCCGGUGAGCAGGCCACCCAUCUCGGCUUCAGCGCCUCGGACUACAUGAAAUCCAGCUUCUCCAAAACCGACUCCAUCACAACUGGAACUGUGUCCACAGUCAAGUUUUGCAGCCCUUCACAGACAGUAUCAGUGGACUGCCCAGCAAAAAUCCCUUUCCAGUCAAGAACAGCAGCAGAGCAAACAUCCAUUUCCCAUGAUCCCCCUUUCAUUCUGAAUGGACUGCCGCCCGAGAAAACAGUCACUGAAGAUGUCAACCUGUACCAGAAAUAUAUUGCCAGGUUCUCGGGCAGUCAACACUGUGGACAUGUGCACUGUGCCUACCAGUACAGAGAGCACUACCAUUGUUUGGACCCAGAGUGCAACUACCAGAGAUUCACCAGUAAGCAGGACGUGAUCCGGCACUACAACAUGCACAAGAAGCGGGACAACUCCCUGCAGCAUGGCUUCAUGCGCUUCAGCCCUCUGGACGACUGUAGCGUCUAUUACCACGGCUGCCACCUGAAUGGGAAGAGCACCCACUACCACUGCAUGCAGGUGGGCUGCAACAAGGUGUACACCAGCACUUCAGACGUAAUGACACACGAGAACUUCCAUAAAAAGAAUGCACAGCUCAUCAACGAUGGCUUCCAAAGGUUCAGAGCCACUGAAGAUUGUGGCACAGUGGACUGUCAAUUCUAUGGGCAGAAGACUACACACUUUCACUGCAGGCGCCCCGGCUGCACCUUUACCUUCAAAAACAAGUGUGACAUCGAGAAGCACAAGAGCUACCACAUCAAGGACGACGCGUACGCCAAGGACGGCUUCAAGAAGUUCUACAAGUACGAGGAGUGCAAGUACGAGGGCUGCGUCUACAGCAAGGCCACCAAUCACUUCCACUGCAUCCGGGCCGGCUGCGGCUUCACCUUCACCUCCACCAGCCAGAUGACGUCCCACAAGCGCAAGCACGAGAGGCGCCACAUCCGCUCCUCGGGCGUCCUGGGCCUGUCCUCCUCCUUCCUGGUGCCCAAAGAGGAGCCCGACGACUCCAGCAACGACGACCUGAUGGACUUCUCCGCCAUCAGCAGCAAGAACUCCAGCCUGAGCGCCUCGCCCACCACGCAGCCAUCCUCCUGCGGCCCCCAGCUGCUCCCCACCCCCACCACCGCCGUCGCCUCCAGCCAGACCAUCAAGCCCACGGCCGCCCUCCCGCCCGGCGGCAAGGUGCCCAGCAUCCUCUCCCCGGCCCUGCCCAGCGGCGUGCCCGUGGCCCUGGCCCUCUCCAGCCAGGGCCUCUCCGGCGCCAGCCCCUUCUUCCCGCUGCUCCCCCGACUUCCCCUCCAGCUCCCGGCCUCGGCCGCCGGCAUCAUCAGUGCUUCCAGCGCCCCCCCGGCGCCCGGCGCCGACCCCCAGAGCGGCGCGGCCCAGGGGGAGGCGGCGGCGGCGGCCACCCCUUCCUCGCUCAUGGCCACCUCCAUCAUGGAGAAGAUCUCUGCCAGCAAGGGCCUGAUAUCCCCGAUGAUGGCCAGGCUCGCAGCGGCCGCCCUCAAGCCAGUGGGCGCCGCGGACGCAGGGAAUGGGCAGUCAGCUCCAGGAGGCCGGUUUAAUCUGGUUCAAGUGAAGCAGGAGCCUGUGGAUACCACCUCUGGAACAUCCCAAGAUUCCCUGCAGGAACAUAGCUUGGACCUGAGCAAGAAAGAUCACAGUAAUGAAUCAAAUGGACACCCUGUUCCAGGAAAUACAUCUCUUUUAUCCUCGCUUAUGAAUAAGAUGUCGCAGGUGAACCCAGCAUUCAUCAGCGCCCUGAGCCUGAAGACGGAACUGGAGGGCAGCCAGCCCGGAGACAGCUCGGAGCUGGCGCAGUACCUGAGCAGAGUCAUGAAGGUGCCCGUGCAGGAGAAGCCCGUGGAGCUCUGGAAGACCUACCUGAGAAGGUAUGACACCGAGGACUUCUGCGAGGCGCAGUGCGACUUCUUGCACAAAGUUCAUUUCCACUGCCUGGUGGAGGACUGUGGGGCACUCUUCAGUACCCUGGACGGGGCGGUCAAGCAUGCCAACUUCCACUUCCGGGCCGCCCUGAAGGUGAAAUCCGAGCCCCUCGUCGCCCAGGCGGGCGAGAGCAAGGACUCCGCCGAGGGGGCACCCCACCAGCCCCCCUCCUCCGUCUCGGCCGCCAUUUCCACCGCCAUGGACGUGCCCACCAUCACCCCGACAAGCGGUUUUGGAUCCGCCCCGUCUCUCCUGGCCUGGAAACACAUGACUGGCAUCUCCCAGCUGCCGCCUUCCGUGCCCAGCCUGCCAGCCACGUCCCUCCUGGCCACCACGUCCCUGGAGAAUGCCAAACCACAGGUCAAGCCGGGCUUUCUUCAGUUCCAGGACAAUGAUCCUUGCCUAGCCACGGACUGCAAAUACGCAAACAAGUUCCACUUCCACUGUCUCUUCGGAAACUGCAAGUACGUGUGCAAGACCUCGGGGAAGGCAGAGUCGCACUGCUUGGACCACAUCAAUCCCAACAACAACCUAGUCAACGUGAGAGACCAGUUCGCAUACUACUCCCUGCAGUGUCUGUGUCCCAAUCAGCAAUGUGAGUUCCGGAUGCGGGGGCACUACCACUGCUUGCGCCCGGGCUGCUAUUUCGUCACCAACAUCACCACCAAGCUGCCUUGGCACGUAAAGAAACACGAGAAGGCAGAGCGCCGGGCAGCCAACGGGUUCAAGUACUUCACCAAGAGGGAAGAAUGCGGCCGGCUAGGUUGUAAAUAUAACCAGGUGAACAGCCACUUCCACUGCAUUCGGGAAGGCUGCCAGUUUUCCUUCCUGCUCAAACACCAGAUGACUUCCCAUGCCCGCAAACACAUGAGGAGAAUGCUGGGCAAGAACUUCGACAGGGUCCCGUCCCAGGUGGUCUCUCACGCCCAGCGGCAGGACGAUGUCCAGAACAUGGCGGGCUUGCCGGGCUCCGCGGGCGGGCACUCCGGCCUGAACCCCGGACUCUCCGGCAUGGUGGACGAAACCGACGACUACAUGGACUACAUGGGGGGCGGCAGCCCGAUGGGGCUGUCCUCCGAAUCCUCGAACCCGGACCGCAGCUGCACGAGCACCCCGGUGGGCAAUGAGAGCUCCCCUGCAGGAUCAGGCUCCCUGGUCUCUACACCUGCUGCCUCCACUCCCGCUGACGCUACCUCUACCCACAAUGCACCUCAACCUCUGCCACCUCCGCCUCCUCAGCCACAGCUCCAAUCUCAGCCUUCAUCUUUCCCUCCAGCCCUCCUCCGGCCUCCUCUUCCCUCCCUCCCAUACCUCCUGUCUCCAUCCUGUCUCUCAUAUUCUCUGCUCAGCGCCACUCUCGGAGCCACUCGGAGCGUUGUCAUGCCAACCAGUACGCCAGCUUACAGUCCAAUCAUUGCCACUCCGUCUCCGGUUAAAAGUGACGUCCCUAUAGUACAGGAUGCUGCAGGGAACACCAUUUCUAUGCCCACUGCCUCGGGAGCCAAGAAGCGCUUCUGGAUCAUCGAGGACAUGUCUCCCUUCGGCAAGCGGCGCAAGACGGCCUCCUCGCGGAAGAUGCUGGACGAGGGCAUGAUGCUGGAGGGUUUCCGGCGCUACGACCUGUACGAGGACUGCAAGGACUCGGGCUGCCAGUUCUCCCUGAAGGUGACCCACUACCACUGCACGCGGGAGAACUGCGGCUACAAGUUCUGUGGGCGCACGCACAUGUACAAGCACGCCCAGCACCAUGACCGCGUGGACAACCUGGUCCUGGACGACUUCAAGCGCUUCAAGUCCUCGCUGAGCUGCAACUUCCCCGACUGCCAGUUCUCAGGCAACAGCACCCACUUCCACUGCCUGCGCUGUGGCUUCCGCUGCACCGACAGCACCAAGGUCACGGCCCACCGCAAGCACCACGGCAAGCAGGACGUCAUCAGCGCCGCCGGCUUCUGCCAGUUCAGCUCCAGCGCCGACUGCGAGGUGCCCGACUGCAAGUACAAGCUCAAGUGCUCCCACUUCCACUGCACCUACCCCGAGUGCAAGCACACCGUGGUGGGCAUGUCCCAGAUGGACUCGCACAAGCGCAAGCACGAGAAGCAGGAGAGAGGCGAGCUUCCUUCCGUCUCCCCCAGCCGGGAGGGGCUUCUCCUGGCCGGGACGGCUGUGCCCCCCUCCGCCGCCCUGCCCUCCACCUCCCCCGGCGCUCAGGCCCUCCAGCUGGGCAGCAGCUCCGCGUUCGCCCCCGGCCUCGGCGCCCCCUCCGAAUACGACCACCAAGGUUCUUCCAUUAGCCUGGAUGGUUCCCUGAAUUUGGGCACCGAUGCCAACAGCUCCCUCUUCUUCCUGAAAAACCCGGCUGGCAUCGGCCUCAACGACUCUCUGGAUCUGAGCAAAAAGAUCCAGCACAGCUCCCUGGAUCCGGGCAGCUCCAGCGGCCACCCCCUCGGCCUGCCGGUCCCUCAGGACGACACCACCGCCACCUCAGGGGACGCGGAGGACGACCUCUCGCCCGAGGAGGAGAUGAACGCGGAGGAAGACGAGGAAGACGAGGACGAGGAGGAGGAGGAGGAGGAGGAAGAGGGGGAAGAGGACGAGGACUUGAACACAGACUCUUACGAAGACUCCGUGCCGGAGGCCGAGGGCCCGGCGGAGGAGAAGGAUGUUGGGGGGAGCUUCGAUACUUCCACAAACCAUGCUGACGCUUCCGGACAGGCUAACGAUGAGACUGUCCCGCAAGAAUUACUGUGAGCAGUGAACGCGACACACGGGAUGAAGAUACGUCUUUAGAAAAUGAACAAAAGAAAUGAAAAGCGGCUCCAGAUAUAAUACUGAGGACACCAACCAUAAAAACCGAUGGCCCAAAAUGAUUAAUUGCGAUGUUUACAAGAUGACCAAGAUUAUUAAUUUAAUUAAUGAGCGAAGCCCACUUGCACACAGGGGGGCUCCAGUGUAAACAGUUUGCUACACAUCAAUCCUUCUUUGCGUGCGUGCAUGUUUGACUUUUAUUUAUUUCUGUUUUAUUUUAUUUUUCUAGUGUGUGAAAUAAACACCAUAAGGGAAAAAAAAUAUAUAUAUAUGUGUGUGUGGAUGUUGAUAUAGUUGCUAUACAAAGGAAAUUGUUGACGAGUUCAUUAAGUGAACUGCUGAACCCUUGCUACCAGUAAAAGGGAAAUCACUGUAUAAAUAUAUAGAGAGAGAUAUAUAUGAGAUGACGCGUUGGAAUAAUUUAUUUAAAUGAAACACAAAAUGCAUUAUUAUUGUUGUUGUUGAUGUUGUUCUUGUUAUUAUUAUAAUUGAAGUGUGGGGUGCUCUGCGAAAACUGUGGCUUGUGCCCUUUUCCGUUGAUCCCUUACAACGUUAUUUUCUGUUUUCUGCUCUUUUUUUUAAAUACUGUGUUUACUCGUUAGGACAAGGUCUCACUCCUCGACAGUAGCAUCGGAGACUUAGUUCCACGAGAGUCGCACACUUCCCUCAUCUUCCGCCGGGCUCAACUGUGGCUGAAAACUGUGGCAGAUGGCCGUUUUCACAAGCUGAAUUUAACUCCGCUCUGAUACUGCUGGGGAGAGCAAGGGAGGGCCGCUCGUGCCUCGCCAGUGACUUCCCCGUGCAAGAAAAAAAUCAGCCCCCCCAUUGAUUCGGAUUUUUUUCUGACCCCUUCUGAGCCAAUCAGUGUGCCCAGCAAAUCUCUCUUUGCAUGACCGUUCAAUGAUUUUCAUAAUCAGUAUUGCCUGUUGCCACAAUACCAAACUGCAUGAGAGCACUCGGUCAGAGAUAUAUUUAGAUACUUGAUAAGAGAAUACACAUGAAAACAUGACAUGUCUCCCUGUGGACAUCACCUAUAAAACCGCUCACCUGAAAGGGGGGCUUUUGUUCAAAAAGUAGGUCCUUAGGUACAAGUGAGAGUGGCGAUGAUGCUACUGACCAGGAGUCGAACAGGCCUAGCUUGUCUUCCUCGCCUUUUAGAGUGAACUGUGGGUUGGAAUCGGGUAUUACCAUGGUGAGAGAGAAAUACUGUCUGGACAUUCAAAAGACAAAAGACACAGAGUGGCAUUACGGCGGAUUUCAAAUGUAGCACGAAACUCUGGUGCAAAGCAAUAUUGGGGACAGUAUUUUAGCACGCUGCCUGGACAGGUUGGGUAGGACGACUCGGUUGAAUCUGGGAGGUGGAUAUACAUAUAGCAAAAGCGAUGCACUUUUGCAUAAGCAGAAGUAUACGAUAUAAAAUGACAGGCAUUGUUAAUCUACAGGAUUUCCUUGUUCCACUUGUAAUUCCAGAUGCUUUUUUUGUUUGUGUGAGUGUGUUUUUACAAAGGAAGUCUGCAUAUCUAAUGGGCAAAAAAAAACAUUAUGACACAUUCAUUCCUGUUCGGCAUUUAUUUAACUGAAAAGCUCACAUACAGAAGUCACCAGGGCUGUGUUGGGGGAUGUAGGCGGGGUGAGGUAAUCUGUGUAAGAAAUGUACAGAAAGAAAACUGUAUAUUUUUAUUUUUUUCUAAACCAUGAGAAUGGUUGAACUCAAAUUGUAAUGGUUUUAUUUAAUAUUUAUGUGACCUUGCAAUGAGAAUUAGGCAUUUGUUUUGCACUUUUCUAGGGUCGUUUUUUUACACCAUUAUAGUACAGCAUAUUUUAAAUCUUGUUUUUAACAGGAAAAAACUGAUAUAAACUGUUUUGAAAUCAGUAAGAAAUGAUUAGCCAAUAGCAGUUGGUGCGACAAAGAACUGUUGUUCUGUCUCUUUAUUUAAAACAAAGACUGCUUUUAUCCUCUUUCAGAAUUGGAUGGAUUUGUCAGAGAAUAAGGCUCUUGAAUGUCUCGGAGAUGGUCAGUGGAGAAACACUAAUGAGGACUGUGAUUUAAAUUAAAUUCCUUAUAAAAGAAAUUAAAAAGACAAAUAGUUAUAAAAGAAAAAUCCUGCUUUUGUAGCCGAGCCUGUCUCUUGGUUGAAAAUGUAUGACUGUAUCUUUCAAACUCAAGAAUGACUAUGUAUUUUAUUGUGUAAAAAUAAGGAGCACCAAAUAUGUCAAUAAUGAACGUGGUUCUGAAAAAACAUGGUGGGUAAUCAUGUUUGGGUGAUUACUUUAAAAAAUAUUAACAAAAAAUGGGUUGUACAGUAUUUUUUCUGUAAAGUCUAUAUAUAUAGAACAAAAUGGUCUUUAAAAAGAAAAAAACUUCCCAUAAAACAACAACAAAAAACAAUCGAAAAGUCUGAAAUAGUCCCAAUAUAAUUUUGGUUGUGUGUGAAUUUUUUGAAAAUUUCCCCCUUAGACAUUAGCAUUAAUUAGGGAGUUUUCAAACACCCUGAUUAGGGCCAUGUAUGUAUUUUAGCACUGAUAACAGCUGGGUGAUUCAGUUUUUAACUUGAAUUUUGUAUAAAAAUAAGAAAAAAUUAAAAAUAUUUUAAAAAAACUACACAAAAAAGAAGUGCAAAUUAGAUUUGUUAAUAUACGUUUUUAGUUAAUUUAAUACCAUGUUUUUGUC